AUGAUUUCGAUCCUAGUACUUUCCGUCAUCACCGCGUCCUGCAACACCGCAUCCGGAAUUCGUGAUCCGUUUGACGGUGAGUUCGAUUCAAGUUCAUUCUUCUUGCAGGCGAUCACACCGUAUCCUCUUACAGCAACCGCCAACAACCAGCAACCAUCAGAACUAAUUGAUCCGUUCUUCUCGUUUAACGAGAAUCCAGUGGAAUCCACUCGUACAGAUGAAGACGAUGUAUUUAAAGCAGUGGCAUCGAAAAAGACCGAAAAGUUACCACUUCAAAAGAGAAUACCGCGACUUAUCAACGAUCAGCUUGCGGAUUUGAUGCAAGAGUUCAAGUUCUCUCAGCCAGGUGUUGCACCAAAGCUUACUGGUUCGGCUACCGACUGGAGUUCCCCAAUCAACUUCGAGCACUUCCAUUUUGGUGAGAACGAUGGCAUUGUGGUGAAUCCCUCCGCUACCUAUCUCAAUGGUGGUGAAUUUGAAAAGAUCGCUACACCAAAAUGCCACUUCAUCGGAUGUGGCGGACCAUUUCCAAAUGAUGGUACGUUGCCCGUAGAUUCUCCUCCACAAAAAGACAAAGUUUGUCAUCGAACAUUCGUUCCAUUGAACGGCUGCACUAAUAACAAAGGGUAUCCGAUGGGAAUGUUAUGUUCAAUAUGCUGUGAAUGUUCGGCUGCUUUCGUAAAUGAAAUGAAGAAAACGUACGGAUUCAAAAUCGGCUACAAUGCAUAA